AACCAGGGACCACCGUUUCAGUCACUGAAGAACUUUUCUACCUGAACUUUCGAGUAAAACCAAUAAUUUAAGGACAAUGAUACGCCUCGAACUUCUAGUACUAGUGAGUUUCAUUUACGUUUUACCCUACGCUAAAGGUCAUUCAUAUCGCAGCCUGAAUGCGGAGACUCAGAAUAGCACCAAGGAGGUUGCUGAUCAAAGUAAAAACGAACGGCAGGUGACGGUAACCGCUACAGUCAACUCUGUGGAUUCAACACCAACCCCUGAUUCUGGCUCCGAAAGUCCUAAACCUGGAGGAGUCGAUGGAACUGGGAAUUCCGUGAGCAGCCCUUUAGCCAGUACUUUAACACCUGUUUGGCUUGCUCAGGGGUCACAGAAUGGCAGCGUAAACUUUACAAAAGCCGCAAACGAUGUACUGGAAUCUACCGUUCAAUUAUAUCACGAUCGGCAGACGGAAUUAACGGUCGUAGUCAUCGAGUAUGGACCGGGACACAGACAUUGCCUCGGAAUGUUCAGCAAUUAUACGAUUGAAAUUCCAUCACGUUAUCUGAUUACACAUCGUCGCAAGUCUUAUCGAGGAGCAGCAGUUCAGGCAGAGGGUGAAUUACCGGCAACGAAUUCAAUUAUCUACCCAAAAUUACUCAUCACUACCGCUUAUAAGGUUACUUUUAACUCAACAUCAUCUGACGAGUUUUAUAAGCAUUUGAUGUACAUCUUGGCCUUCUUUAAUGGUGUUGAUCUCAUCUUCAAACAACUUUCUGCUCCGCAUGUUCGUCUGCAGCUUGCUGGUAUUGUUGUUGGAGGUGAUCGUUUUGCGGCUCCAUAUUUGGAAAAAAAAAGCGGUUCCUCUGGCGACAUCAAUGCCACCGCAGCGUUAGGAAAAAUCGAAAAAUUCUAUCAGGACUCGAGGGGCAAGAAUUUUUCCCCUGAGCCUUACGAUAUUAUUGUGACACUCACCGACUCCGACAUUUUUGACGAGAAAGAAGUGGAGAUCUGCAGUCCAAAAUUAGGAGGAGUAUCCAAGGGUGUACUCGUAUGCAGCGAUGACGUUGUAAAAGACAAAGCCGCUGCUAUUAUUCAAGAUAACUUGGCAUUCUCAGGCCUACGAAUGGCAGCUCAUGAAUUAGGUCAUAUAUUGGGGGCCGAACACGACGGAGGAACGGACGAAUGGACGAAAACUUGCAGGGCCUCAGACGGUUACUUAAUGUCCAAAUACAAUGAGUUGCGUACUGUCACCCACAAAUGGUCCAACUGCAGCUUGACAGCUUUCAACGCAUCAUUCCAAUCCUCCUUGGAGAAGUGUUUAGAUAAACCUCUGCAGCUGGAUAAGGCUGAGAUACCUCUGCCUUCAAUGCUACCUGGUGUCGUCGUUGGGAUUCAUCAUCAGUGUCAAGCAUUCGGUUUUAAUCGAGCAUGUAUUAUACCUGAGAACUGCAAUUCCUUGACAUGCACAAAUGCUGCCUUUAUAUUGAACAUUGACACUGACACUGACUGCGUACCAGUAGGUGUUCCUCCUGCUCAAGGUUCGAUCUGCGGCUGCCAAAGGCACUGUCGCAACGGAGAGUGUGUAGAUAAUUAAUUGAUCUGAUGAACCCGGCUUGAGUACUUCAACUGUUAUCAUGAUUCAAGUAUCCCCCACUCAACUUUAUUUUAAUCUUAAUUUCAAGUAACUUAGAGAGAGCACUAAUUGUUCACAAUUUAUCACUUAGAAUUUAGAAGUUAUGCGGGAGGAGGAAAGAUAAUUUAAUCACAUAUUUGUUUAACUAGAAUUUCACACGUUUUUGAAUGUAAAUUGUCGGCCUUCAUAGGUUUCAUAGUUCAUAGUUUCUUUUAGAAUGAAUUUAUAGAUAAAAAAUAGAUGUAGUCGCAGAUUUUGAAUAAAUAUUUGUUCAGUACUGUUA